AAAUACAUGUGUUUCUUUUGCUUUGAUGAGUUCUUUUCGUGUAGUAGUAUCGGAAGGCUUUCAUAAAUAAUUUAGUGUUUAUCGUUGCACAUUUUUGAACUUCCGAUUUAUUAUUGCACGUGUCAUUACUUUUAAGUAUGCUGUCUGCGUGCCCAUUCUACCGUUUAACAGUAUAACUGUGCGAUGAAGGACGUGUAUUUUUCUAGUUGUACUAUAACGGUGCCAGUAAACUGAAAACGCAUUACUGAGUUGAGAACUUCUUUAAGAGGAUCGUCCGAAGCUGGGAUUUAGUGUUUGACUGACAGAUGGCGCUGUUCGUUAUUAACAGAUAUUUAGGCGAUGACGAAAAUCUCCAGGAAGAUGCUGGAGAGGAUCAUACAAAUGCUUUGCUGGAGAGGCUCCAAGAGAAAGCAAAAGCCAGAGAGAAGCAAAUGAAAAAUGCCAGCACAAAAGCAGCACUUUGUGAUGAUGAGGAGCCUGGCAUCAAGAAGAAGAAGAAAAAGCCGAAGCCCAAAUUUGGGGAAGAGGAAAGCAACGAAGUCAAGGAUCUGAAAAAUGUGACCGUAAAAAAAAGAAAAAAAAUGUCUCAAGUGAGUAGUGUUGAGCUGGACACCAAGAGAGAAGAAGAAGAAGUUGAUGAGGAUGGACAUAAAGAAAUUAUUAAGAAGAAAGGAAAACGGAAAGAAAAAACAACCAACAGAUUUGAAUUCCAGAAACCGGCAGAAAUUUUCAGCAGUGAACUUGAUAAUGGUGUAGAAAAAAUAGCAGAAGAAAAACAUCUCUCAAAGAAAAAGAGACAAAGUCUGCCGAAGUCCUCGACUCCGCGCAGUGUUGAUAGCAGUGCUACUGAUUCAGAGAUGGAGACGGACGUAGAGAUGGACAUCAGGGAACCAGAGCAAAAGAGUUUGAUUGGAGAGAAUGUGCAAACUGAAGUUCCAGCCUCUGUCACUAUUCUGGGGGACUUCAAGAAGAAUACGAUUCAGCAGAAGGUUCAUCGAGUUCUACCUCAUUGGCUAGCUCAGCCCAGCCUGGUUGAAAAGGACAUCAAAAGCAACCUUAUUCCCAUUGAAGAGGUUCCUGGAAUAUGUCCAAAGCUGCUGAGGAAGCUGCAGCAUCAUGGCGUAAAGCACUUUUUUCCAGUUCAGAAGGAGGUGAUUCCAGCUAUUUUGGAUGGGGCAAGUAAUGGUCUGUUGAUUGGAAAAGGUGGCUACAGACCUAAUGAUAUCUGUGUAUCGGCUCCAACUGGAAGUGGCAAGACUCUGGCAUUUGUUAUCCCUGUUGUUCAGGUGCUGAUGCAGCGAGUUGUUUGUAAUAUACGUUGUUUAGUUGUGUUACCCACCAAAGAGUUGGCACAGCAGGUGUACAAAGUUUUCAAUACUUACAUCGAAGGCACUAACUUAAAAGUUGUCAUGGUUGCCGGCCAGAAACCUUUUGAGAUAGAGCAAGCUUCUCUCGUCCAAAACAAGAUCUUUGGCUGUCAAAGUCUUGCUGAUAUUGUAGUAGCAACACCAGGAAGACUGGUUGAUCAUAUUUGUAAAACACCAGGAUUCAACCUACAGCAUCUUCGCUACCUGAUAAUUGAUGAAGCUGACCGUAUGAUCGACAGUAUGCAUCAAGACUGGUUGAGACAGGUAAUGAAGGCUGUUUACCAAGGAGAUUCAAAUGUCCAGCCUGGCUCCUUGUUUAGAAGGAUGGAUCCCGGUCCAGUCACUGCAAAUAGUUUUUCCCAGCUGCAGAUGCCUCUUCAGAAGCUUCUGUUUUCUGCUACUCUAAGCCAUAAUCCAGAGAAACUGCAGAAACUGGGGCUUUAUCUGCCUCGUCUGUUUACCUCAAACUACAGCAGAAAGGAAAAUUCAGAGCUGAACGCCAGCACCAAGGAAAGUGAUGCUGUGAAGUCAGAAGAAAAAAUUAACUUCCCCAAGGGUCUCACGGAAUACUAUGUACCAUGCACCUUAAACAAUAAGCCUUUGAUUAUUCUGGAUUUCAUGCUAAGGUUAAAAUUCAAUCCUGUCCUUUGCUUCACAAACUCCAGAGAAGCUUCUCACAGAUUGUAUUUGCUGGUACGUGAAUUUGGAGGUGUCAAAGUGGCAGAGUUCUCAUCAAGAUUAAGCCCUGGUGAGAGGAAAAAAACACUCAAAAUGUUUGAAAAAGGAAAAAUACAGCUGUUAAUCAGCACUGAUGCUAUGGCUAGAGGAAUUGAUAUCCAAGGAGUAAAAUGUGUUAUUAACUAUGAUGCCCCACAGUUCAUCAGAACCUAUGUUCACAGAGUUGGAAGAACAGCACGUGCAGGCAAAGCUGGCCUUGCCUUUACUCUUCUGCUCAGAGUACAGGAACACAAUUUUAUUAAAAUGUUACAAGAUGCUGGAAGCCCUGGUAUAGAGAAGCAGUUUGUUGAUGCACAAAACUUGAAGCCACUCAUCCCUCAAUACCAAGUGGCUUUGGCUGAGCUGCAAAGUAUUAUUAAGGAAGAAAAGGCUCAGAAGCGAGUGUGACUUGGUGAAGCUGAGCAGGAUAUGUAAGAAGAUCAGAUGCAAAAGAUUUGUACUCCUCGAUUCAUCAAAACGCACUGGUGCUGCUGUACUCAUUUUUAAGCUUUUUGACCUCUUUGUAUAUAUGACUGAUAAAAAAAAAAAAUAAAGAGCACCUUAUUUGUUUAUCCAUUUUUA